AUGGGGGCCCUUCCGUGGCUGCUCCUGCUCUCACUGCUCCGGGAAGCCAACGGAGAUUCUGGAGACGAUGCGGAUCCUGAGGAGGUGGUCGCAGCCCUGCAGGAGUCCAUCAGCCUCCCCCUGGAGAUACCGUCUGACGAAGAGGUUGAGGACAUCAUCUGGUCCUCCCACAUCAGGCUUGCUACCGUGGUGCCAGGAAAAGAGGGACAUCUAGCUGCCACCACGGUGACUGACCCUCGCUACGAGGGCCGAGUGAGCUUCCUGGGCCCCAGCUACUCUCUGCACAUCAGCAAUCUGAGCUGGGAGGACUCGGGGCCUUACCAGGCUCAAGUCAACCUGAGGACGGCCCAGAUCCCCAUCCUGCAGCAGUACAGCCUGCGCAUCUACCGUCGGCUGUCGGAGCCUUCCAUCGCUGUGAGCUUUGAGACCUCUGGGGUCGGUCCCUGUAACGUGUCCCUGACCUGCUCUGUGGCGCAGGCAGGCCUGGACGUGACCUACAGCUGGGUGUCCCGGGCGGACGGGGUUGACACGGCACACGAAGGCUCUGUCCUCAGCACAUCCUGGAGGCCUGGGGACAAGGCCCUCUCCUACACCUGCAGGGCAAGCAACCCCGUCAGCAGCAGAAGCUCCUCUCUCAUCCCUGCUGGGCCCUUCUGCGCAGAUCUCAGAUACCCUUCAGAGAAGGCCUCAGCUUCCUUCUGCCUCCUGACCAAGGCAUUGCUGUUCCUCCUGCUCUUGGUAACUCUGGCCGUGGGGCUGUGGCUUGCUCGAGGCCAGAAAGAAAGCAAGACACCAAGGGUGAAAAAAAUCAGGAGAAACAGAUUGAAACUGAAAAAGACAGACAAGCCUGGCCCAGCUGGCUUAGUGGUUGAACGUCAGUCUAGAAACCAGGAAGUCACAAUUGGAUUCCCAGACAGGACACAGGCCCGGGUUGUGGGUUCAAUCCCCAGUUGGGGGCGUGCAGGAGGUCUGUGA